AUGACAGCUGGCUUAGAACAAUCAAAUUUAUUUAAACCGAUUAUUGUUGGUAAAAAUACACUAGAUCAAAGGGUAGUUUUUGCUCCUACAACAAGAUUCCGUGCUGUAGAUGAUCAUACUCCAAGCGACUUGAUGCUACAAUACUAUUCGGAUAGAGCACAAGCUCCUGGUUCGUUGAUCAUUACGGAAGCCACCUUCAUUUCUCCUCGCGCUGGCUUAUACCCUAACAUUCCUGGUAUUUGGAACGACAAACAUGUUCAAGGAUGGAAAAAGAUUACUGAUGCAGUACAUGCUAAAGGUAGUUAUAUGGCGUGUCAAGUUAUGUUCUUAGGAAGAGUUGGAUCCCCGGAGCUUUUGAAAAAGCAUGGGUUGGAUUUGAUUUCUCCCUCUGCUAUAUACAAAUGCGAGGAGUCCAAGAAGGCUGCAGAAGCUGCAGGCAAUCCUGUGAGAGCAUUGACUGAAGAAGAAAUCAAGGGCAUUAUUUAUGAAGAUUACAAGAAUGCAGCAAUCAAUGCUAUGGAAGCUGGAUUUGAUUACGUGGAAAUUCAUAGUGCACAUGGAUACAUGCUUGAUCAAUUCCUACAGCCCGCUACGAAUCAAAGAACAGAUAACUAUGGUGGCUCUAUUGAAAAACGCGCAAGAAUCGUUCUUGAAAUUAUUGACCUCUUAAGUGACACAAUCGGCGCUGAAAAGCUUGCAAUCAGAUUGUCUCCUUGGGCUAAAUUCCAAGGAAUGAAAGCUGAACAAGAUACUGUACAUCCUAUUACUACAUUUAGUUAUAUUGUAAAUGAGCUUCAGAAGCGUGCAAACAAUGAAAUCAAGGGCAUUAUUUAUGAAGAUUACAAGAAUGCAGCAAUCAAUGCUAUGGAAGCUGGAUUUGAUUACGUGGAAAUUCAUAGUGCACAUGGAUACAUGCUUGAUCAAUUCCUACAGCCCGCUACGAAUCAAAGAACAGAUAACUAUGGUGGCUCUAUUGAAAAACGCGCAAGAAUCGUUCUUGAAAUUAUUGACCUCUUAAGUGACACAAUCGGCGCUGAAAAGCUUGCAAUCAGAUUGUCUCCUUGGGCUAAAUUCCAAGGAAUGAAAGCUGAAGAAGAUACUGUACAUCCUAUUACGACAUUUAGUUAUAUUGUAAAUGAGCUUCAGAAGCGUGCAAACAAUGGUAAGCAGCUUGCUUAUCUUUCCCUUGUGGAACCUAGGGUCCAAGGAAUUUUUGAUGUCAACGCAUCUGACAUUGUUGGUUCCAACGACUUUAUCAAGAAAUUGUGGAAAGGAGCCAUUUUGCAUAGUGGUAAUUAUACUUAUGACAGUCCUGAGUUUAAGUUAUUGAAGGCUGAUGUUAAUGUUGACAACCGUACUAUGAUUGGAUUCUCGAGAUAUUUUACAUCAAAUCCAGAUUUAAUUGAGAGAUUAAAGAAAGGUCUUGAGCUUACUCCUUACGUUCGUUCUUUGUUCUAUGCUACUAACAACUAUGGUUAUAACACUUUCGCAAAUUAUGGCAAGGAAUUGCAAUUUGAUCUCAAAGCAGAAGAAAAGAGACGUCCCGUUUCUUUGAUCUGA